UGAGAAUUCAUAUGUAAUUUACUUGAAAGUUUUGAGAAAUUUCUUUUUUCCCCCCAAUGUUUCUCUGUCGUUUCUCUCUUCUUUGUUUGAGAGAGAAAAUAGACUAAUGCAAUGCACAAUCACAGGACCAUUUUGUGAAUUUUAUUGACGUUGCUGAGCAAAGUGAGAAGAAGAUCCGACAGCUGCCUAUUAUUGCUUUCUGGAUCAUGACGAGAACGGCUGUGUGACACUGGUUCAGCUGAAUUUUUCUUGGAAAAAAGGCUAAGCUAUAUAUAAUUUCUUCUUAAAUUUCAAAUAUUAGGGUUUGAAAAAAGAAAAAAAAAAGAGUUUUAUUAAGUCGUGGAUUUACCGAAUCAAGACCUACUUUGCACAGCUAAAUCCAUGGUUUUCUCUUUCACUGAGAUUAUUUUUAGGGCAUGUGGAUUAUCAUCAUCACCGUCACCAAAAAAACAACCUCAGCUAACCCUUCAACAAAAUCUCCAUCCAGGACUGAAAACCCUAAUCCACCAAAAAGAAGAAAAAGGCCGCCUUCAUGGUCAAAAUGACAUAAUCCAUUCUUACAUGGUUUCGAAAUUACCAACAUCAUUACGGCCGGCGAUAUCACCGUCACCGCCAUUGUCAUCGUCGUCGUCGCUAUCGAAGUCACUGUCUUCAUGUUCUUCAAUAGUUGUAGACAGCUCAUCAUCAUCUUCCAUGGGUGAUUUGAUAGGGACCGAGAGCGGUGUAUACAUGAGCUCCAAUGAGGAAGAGAUACUGAAGCCAAUAGAGAGGAGAACCUCAGCUUCUUAUACAGGUAGGUUUAAUGGAAGGUACUGGGAUAGAAGGAAUGCAGUGGAGAAGGAAUAUCCACCACCAAUACCUUCGCUGGCACGUACCGGGAACCUACCGGGACGAAUGCCGUGGGUGUUUAGGAGGGAGUACACCCACGACGGAAGGCUCAUUUUAAGAGAGAAGAGAGUACAACGCCACGAGUAUUUUUAUGCUCGCAGAGACAAUGGCCGUCUCAUCUUGAAGCUCAUUCCUAUGGACGAGCAAGUUGAAAAUGAAGAAGGAUACAACGACCUUGAACUGGAGGAUCUAGAUCAUCUCCAGUUCGUUGAAAAAGAUAAAGGGAAAGAGAAAAUUGUUGAAGAGGAAGAAGAAAUGGAAAGUAAAGGUGAUGAGGAAGAGAAUGAGCAUGGAGAUGGAGAUGAUGAUGAGGAUAAAGAGGAGAUUUCGAAGUUUACUACGAAGUUCAGUGCUACGUAUGCUAGUGGGAUGUUUAUGGAUUCAAAACAGUGUUUCUGCUGCAAUGGUGUUAAGGUCCAUGAAGGUCCACAUAGAUACUUAGAUCAGUCUUCGUCUUCUUCUUCUGUUCCUCUCCGUCCUGUGGCCGCUGUUAUGUGAGGCUUUUUAUCAAACAGUUUGAAGCUCUUCAUGACGAAGUUUGAAUAGAGAUGAUAGAUAGAAUUGGAAGAGAGAGUUUGAUAGUUAUAAUCUCCCUUUUGCAUUCUGUUCUUGUUGUUUAGCUCUUUCUUUUCAUUUUAUAUAUAUAUAUAUGUACUUUUUUUUUUGGUUUUCUUUUUUUGUGAGAAUAAUGGAAUAAACAAAAAGCUGUUUGUGCUUAAUAGAAAAGUUUACAGGCCUUGCCAACUACC